AUGAGCAUAUCGUAUCGACCGCUAGAUAUAUCGAAGACAGAAGAAGUGAAGCAUAUACAAAAAGUCAUAGAUGCGGAUCUGAGUGAGCCGUAUUCCGUUUAUGUAUAUCGAUAUUUUUUCAAUCAGUGGCCAAAUGUAUGUUUCCUGGCGUUUAGCGAAAACGAGAAGAACCCAGUAGGGUGUGUGGUGUGCAAGUACGAGGUUCACAGGGGUGCCAGACUUCGUGGGUAUAUUGGAAUGCUUGCCGUGGAACACAAGUUUCGUAGACGCGGCAUUGCCAAGAAACUUGUCGCUCUUGCGAUCGAGAAGAUGCGAGAUUUGGGCUGCGACGAGGUGAUGCUAGAGACUGAAGUGGAAAAUACAACAGCACUGAGUCUGUACGAAGGGUUUGGUUUCAUUCGCUUGAAACGCAUGUUUCGGUACUAUCUGAAUCAGGGAGACGCUUUUAAGUUGAUACUCCCGCUCACAGAGAAAAGUUGUACUCGAACAACGUUUUUGGUGCAGCCUGAAACGGUGAUUGCUGAAUGA